UGGAGGGAGGGCAGGGCCGCAGAUAUGUCAAGCUGCUUCACGCAGCUCAGCAUGGAUCCUCGCUCUUUGAUUCAUCACAAACAGAAAAGUUGAUGAUACUUUGUAAUUACUUCUCCAUUUGAGUCCUCGUUAACACAACAAUGGAGUCCGGAAUUAAGGAGAUAAUAGAGGAAUUCAUGGGGAGUGCGCUGGCGCAGUGGGUUCAGCUGUUUGAGAAUAUGGUGGAGAACGAGACCAGCAUCCAGCUCUACAGCCAGUAUAUGGAGGUAAACUCCGUUUCCCAGAAUGCUCUGGAGCGCUACAAGAGGCUGACCAAUGGGAUUUUUCUCAAUGAAGUCAUGAGGAUCAUAGACCCAAACCCCAAGGUGGAGCGACUCUACAACAGCGAGAAAGAUGACCACAUGCUAAGAGUCCAGAACUUCUCCAUUUUAAAUCGGCACCUCAGGGCCUUCUACCAGGAAGACCUGCAGCAGUUGAUCCUCAUGCCUCUCCCAAAUGUUGCCAUACUGGGGCAGGACCCCCUAACAGAGGCGGCUGUGGAAGAGCUGCGGAGACUGCUGCUGCUCUUACUGGGAUGUGCAGUGCAGUGUGAGAACAAGGAGACCUUCAUCCAGCAGAUCCAGUCUCUGGACAUCGAGACUCAGGCAGCCAUUGCCAUCUGUAUUCAGCAGGUGACUCAGGAUCCGAGAGCGGUGCUGCCUCUUCAAUGGGAGGAGCUGGUGGAGGCAGAAGGUGCAGAGUUACAGCUGGUCUUCAGCUCCAUGGCCAAGCAAAUCCAGAGCCUGCUGGCACAGAGAGACACACACCUGGAGAGGAUAGCGGAGUUGUGUCAGGAGCGUGAAACCCACGGCGAUUCAACCCAGACGCCGCUGGGGGGCCAUCUUGAUGAUCCACCGCAGAGUCUGGCCCUCCAGCUGGCCGACAGCAAGGCCAAACUCCGCCGCCUCAAACAACAACUGGAAGACAAAGGUGAUCAGAUUUUGGAUUACAAGCAGGAGAUUCAGACGAUGGAGGAUCAGCUGAAGAAACUUCAAAAAGAGAACCGCUCCCUGCAGAACGAGGUGAGGGGCAUGCGCACGCUGCGGGACGAGCUGGACUGCGCCCGGGAGCGAGCUGCACGGACCGAGCAGCUCCAGGUUGAGCUGCAGAGCUGCAAACACAGACUGCGCAGCCUGGAGCUGACUCGCACUCAGCUGAAGGAGCAGCAACAUCUGUGUGCAGCGCUACAGGAAACCAAAAGUCUUCUAGAACAGCAGCUGGCAGAUUCUCGGGCGCGUUGCUCCUCCAUACGGGAGCUGGAGAAGGACAAUCUUCUUCUGCGUCAGAGGAUCAUGGACGUGGAGGCGGAGCGGGACACUGAAAGGCAGCGGGUUGACGAGUUGCUGGAGAUGAACAUGAGCCUGGAGGCAGACCUAAGGCAAAGGAGCACGUCAAAGGGAGGUGUUUCCCCCCCGAAUGUCGCCAUCCAUCAGCGGUUUCUGCAGUCAGAACUGGACUCUGAUGAGGAGCCCUGCGAGCUGAUCGAUCAGAAGCCGCUGAGCGUGGAAGUGGGUGAGGCCUCAACACUGCGGCUGCUGGGAGCCGAACAGGAAAACGCAGAGCUGAGGAGGCGACUGGAGGAGUUGCAGGCCCAGCAGGAGGCUGAUUCCCCCGAUGCCAAAGAUGAGCUGGCCUGCCUGGAGGUGGAACAUCAGAAAACACUCAGGGAGGUUCAAAACUUGAAGAAUGAAAAUGGCACUCUGAAGCAGCGGCUGGAGGAGCUGCUGAGGGAGCUUCAACACCUUCAAGAGAAGAGGAAAGAGGAAGGUGUGAAGAAGCUGGGCCGAGAAAAGGAGGAAGAGGAGGGGGAGGCGGUGAGAGGAGUCCAGGGCUCUGAAAGCAGCAGGGGAGAAGGGGAAGGACGGGUGAGGCUGAUGGAGGAGAGGGAGAAAAGGGGAGAAAUCAUAGGGACACGGCGGGAAGCAGGAGUGGGUGAAGAGGGUCUGCAUGUUCAAGUGGGAAAAGGCGAAGUCUGUGAUGAGGGCAUCCAGAGCAAAUGGCGGGGCGAGGCUGAAGGUGGGCAGAAAGAACUGGAAAAACAAGAGAAAGAACCAAAGAUGGAAAACGCUGGAUCAGAGGCCGUAAAGCGUCCUGUUGAAGAUAACGCCGAGACGGCAGAGACGCACCAGGACGCAUGCUCCCCAUCCGGGUCUGACUUGGCGCUCCUGACGAGCCGACUCCAGGAGGCGCAGGAGGAGGCUGACCGGCAGGCGAAAUCAGCCCAAGAGCUGCGAUCGAAGCUGGGGGAGCAAAGCAGGAAGACGUGGGAGGCUGAGCAGAAGCUGGUGCUGGUGGAGGCCGAGCUGCAGCGCCUGAAGAAAGCUGGAGAGAGUCUGAUGGAGGCUCGCCGGCAUAUAGAGGUCCUUCAGUCGGACAGUCUGAACAUGGAGGAGGAGCUGUGCCGCCUGCGGAGCCAAGCGGAGCUCCACCGGAUGCAGACCACGGUCAUCGCCACCCUGGAGGGGGAGCGGGCGGCGCUGGAGAGAGACAGGGACACGCUGCGCAGCACGGUGGACGCCCUGCGAGCCGCCCAGCGAAAGACUGACCAGCUGGAGCUCACCAUCCAGACUCUGAGAGCGGAGCUGGAGCGUCAGGGCCGCAGUCUGGAGACCUCGCGGCGUCGGGAGGAGCAGCUGGAGGCGGAGCUCCACGAGGCCGCCCUGGAAGCAGAGUCUCUGGUCCGAGCGCGUGACCAGGCGCUGCUGGAGGCGUCGCGGCUGGAGCAGGAGAAGGACGUGUGCCAGUCGGAGCUGGACGGCGAGCGGAAGGAGGGCCGUCAGAGAGAGAGGGAGGCGGCGAGGCUCAGGCAGCAGCUGGAGAGCACGACCUUGGCUCUGGAGCACAGCAACCAGAGAGCGUGUGCCCUGGACGCUGAACACAGACGUGUGUGUCAGCAGCUGACUGAGUCCAAGGAGCUCAGCGCUCGGCUGCAGGACCUGGAGAAAAAGCUCAGCUCUCGACUGAGCAGCAUGGAGGGGGUGAAGCAGCAGCUGCAGGAGCAGCAUGCAGAAGCCCUGGCCAAGAUCAGCUCACUGUCUCAGGAUCUAUCCAGUGAGCAGAGUUCAGCUCAGAAACUGGCUGCCGAAGUCGACGACCUCAGGCAGAAGUUGCAGAGAUCCGAGGCUGAGCUCAGGGCGACGACAGAUUCUCUAAAGCGGUCUCAGGAGAAAGCCCAGUCGCUCUCACAGCAGCUCAAGACGAGCGAAUCUCCUCCCGUUUCAAAUUCAGAACUGUCGCACAAAAACGAGACGCCACAUCUAGAUCAAAGCCCUGAAGCCGGCAGGGAGCUCGCCCCGUGCAUGACCCGGCGGCACACCACAGGAGAGUCAGAGCGGCUGCUGAGUGAGAGGGUGCUGGAGCUGGAGAAAGAGAGAGCCGUGGCGUCGGCGCGGCAGGAGGCUCUGCAGAUGCGCCUGUCUCAGUCCCAGGAGGCCUGUGAGCACCUCAAGGAGCAGCUGGAGGCUCUGCGCCGCCACUCCCUCAGCCUGCAGGACUCCUGCACCAGCCUGCAGAUGCUCAACACUCAGCUACAGGUGGAACAGGCCUCCCUAAACUCCCAGCAUGCAACAGUGCUGGCACGCUGCAGCGAGAGCGAGGCCCGGUGCGCCGCGCUGGAGGCCGAGUCAAAGGUGUGGGCGCGGGAGCGAGAGGAGUCGGUGUCCAGGAUGGAGGCUCUGAGGCGGGACCACGAGCGGAUGACUGCGCUGCAGCAGCAGCAGGAAGUGGAGCUGGAAGAGCUGCUGGAGAAAUACUCCCAGCUGAGGGCCAGCUACCGGAGCCUGGAGGGUCAGCACAGGGAGCUGGAGGGCAGGUACAAGGAGCACCUGGAUCGUAAAACCCAGCUGGAGGAGGAGGAGAGGGAGAUAAAGCUGGAGAGGCAGAAGAUGGAGGCAGAAGCCCAGAGGACGCUGGAGAGAGAGCGAGAGCUGGAGCGGCUGAGAGACGAAAGCGAGAGGCUGCAGGCCCAGCAGAAGGACUGGUUGGCCUCACAGGCGGAGCUGCUGGCUCAGGGCUCCGUGCUAAAGGCGGAGCUGAGCGCCUCCCAGCUGGAGAAGACCCGACUGGAGGGGGAGCUCAGCGCCCUGAGGGAAACCAAUCAGAGCCUGGACCUCAGCAGCGCUCGGCUCACCAGUCAGUACCAGCUGCUGACGCAGCUGAAGGGGAACAUGGAGGAGGAGAACCGACACUUAGCCGAACAAAACCAGAGCCUGCUGAAGGAGAACCGGGCCUUACUGGAGCAGAGCCUGGAGCGCCGCGACCAGCACUACUCUCAGCAGCAGGAGUACCAGGAGAAGCUGAGUGAACUCCGUCGGGAGAAGCAGAAGUUGGUGGAGAAGAUUAUGGAUCAGUACCGAGUCCUGGAGCCCAGCAUGCAACCUCCAGCCAGCAAGGCCAAAAAGUCUAACUGGAUCGCAGACAGGAUGAAGAAACUAAUCAAGCCUCGGGGAGGAGGAGGAGGAAGGGAGGGACGUGCCCUCUUCACCGCCGCAGGCAGCAUAGAAAACCUGGCCGACAGCAACGAGUUUACACCAGAGCCACACACACCGAAGCCUGACCUCCGCAGCGCUCCAGUUUCUCCGUCACCCUUGAGGAAAACCUCAUCCAACCCAGACCCGGACAUCUCGGUUCCUGGGACUCCAACCGUCGCGCGCUACGGACCCCGGAAAAAGCUGGGCUCCCGUCACGGCUGGGGGAUCGGUUUGCCCCGAGGGGGCUCCGGCGUCUCCCAAUCAUUUAGUCCCGGCGACAACAAGACCCCGCCCCGGCAGCGGCUUCGCUCCAGUCAGAACAGCAGCAACGUCCUGUGGGAGGGGGCGGGCAGAGAGAAGGAGACGCCUCAGGACGCUGCUUCCCUGACCAGCCAGGAGAGCAUUGAUGAGGAAGGAGCAAAAGACAAUCAUCACUCCAGUGACAACACAUCGGCACAGGAGAAACCUACGGAUGCAUCUGCUGUAAACUGAUGAUAUAUUUUAUAUCGGGUCCAAACUGUGUCAAUGCACACGAGAUUUUCUCAAAUAUGAUCUUUAUAGUGUUUUUAAAUACAAAAUGAAUAAAUUCUUUAAGUCUGUAA